AUGGCGACCGAAAUCUGUUUAACAAUCAGACUUGGGCAUGGACUAGAAUCCUUCAUUUUAAUGGUGGAUAAAACUGGUAAGAGUUAUCGCGUUCACUAUGGUGUAAGAACAUUUACGCUUUACACAGGGAAAAGAACUUGGACAAAAGAACAUUUCUUUGGUUUAAACACGUGGAAGUUUACCGAACGUAUGUCGUGGUAUUUAGUUGAUGUUUAUGUCUUCUUGACAGGUAAAUGCUAUGUAGUUUUAAUUUUACUUGAUAAAAGUAGACAUUUUGAUACAAUUAUGGGGCAAAAACUUUACAGUGAGGCAUAUUUCUUGAUAUUUCUCUCUAACAUUUCUUGAUGAGCAAAUCAAGCGCGAACGCGCGAGUGUCCCACGUUCUCGCUCCGCGAGUGGCCUUUGCUUACUCGCUAGAGAAUAUUCAGAAAGGUAAUCUUUCGAAUUUUCACUUGAAAAAACGUUUUUGCAGAGAAAUAAAAAGUGACAUGUCAAGUUAACCUGGAAAAGAUAAAUUUCCUUACUUCUUUAGGGUUUUAAAUUUAUCAUGCAUAAGACUAAGGAGUCAAUAAAUACGCUCCUAUUGGUACAUGAUAAAUGAGAGCCAAUCACCUGGAAUGUGCAUUUCCUUUAGUUUUGAACCGGCGGUCCUUCCUUCAUCCCUUUUUCUUUCCCCAAAUUCCUAGCCUGCGUAGCGAGCGUUUCCAGUCGAGUUAUAGCGCGAAAUUUGCAGGCUACCAAAUUCCCUCCCUUCCUAUCCCCUUUCGGCGCCUGCCACGAAUGGGUCAGCGGACUUUUUACCUAGUGAGCGGUCGCUAAGCCUUACAAAACAAGAUGGCGGGAAGAUCUACUUACCCUGGGGUUUUAUGUCACUUCAGUUUCGUUUACGGACUUUUCCUCGACAUAUGAUCGACCGACUGAACUGAUGUCUUGAGCUUCACAAUCAUCCUGUUGGGCAGGGCUCAGAGGUAAGUGAUUAAGACGAGAUAACUUUCCAGGAAUUCCCCCGGGAGGCACAGGUCAACAGGCUUAAACCUCGUCCAGUGUCAAAGUCCGUGUGAUCCUACGGUGUAAUUCUGUGGAGUUUACAAAAUUAAUUUUCAAAUAUUCACUAUAAUGAUCAUAGGUCACCUUUUUAGAUCUCUAAAUUAUUUUAAAGUUAUGUGAUAGGUCAGAGAAUGAUUUCUCAUGCACUCCAGGUAAAUGAAUUGUGGAUAUCAUUCAUUUUUCUCAUUUCAAUUUUUGCAAAUGAAGUUUGGGCUCGUGAGUUGGAGAACACUUCAAGAAAACACAGAACAGAGCGUGUUAACUAAUAUUGUCACAAAGUAAGAAAAUACGGUUGUACAGAAUAUCAUCUAAAAGAAACACAAACCAGUGCAUGCUAGGUUAUAUUAUCACAAAGUAACACAAAACAGAGAACGCUCUUUUGUGAGAUUUCAAGUAAACAAAGAACAGUGUGUACAGAUUAAUGUCAUCUCAAAUUAACUGAGAUUUUUAAAAACGUUUUCCACAAUGCAUCUAAACACACUAUUUUCGUUUCUUUUUAGGGGAUGAAGUGGAGUAGGGUGGAGGAUGGUAAACACUGGAGAGAAACUAUCUUAACUGGAUCAGAUUUUCUUAUAAAUGGGUGAAUCAACUCUGUUUGUAUUGUUGUUUUACUCUAUGAGUGACUGUGAACGCGUUUGCGCCAAGUCAUUUUAAUUACGUGUACGUGGCUCAUAUUGAAAGUCCAGUCUGCCUUUAAUGGAAAAGUUUUACUGUUAAAAAAGCUGGAGGUAGCUAGUUCACCAGAUCAUAAUCAGAAGCCAAACUUCCUGAGGGGAUUUUGGCAGGGAUCUUGGCCAGAAUCUUGGCAGGGACCAGUCAUUUUGUUACAAAUAACAUGUAGUCGUGGUGAGUCAUGGGACUCGGUCCUGGGACUCAUUUCAAUGUUAAAAAUCAUGAGUCCAAGUUAAGCACCAACGAGUCCCAUUGAAAAAAAAAACCAGUGAAUCCGAAAUUGAAAAUGCUUGGACCUUUACAUGUAUAGUGAAAUUAAAUAUACAUGUAGUCCUAAAAGGCCAAUAUAAAUAUGCAUUUCAUAUUGUUAUGCAUUACAUGUUUAUUAUAUGAACAGGAUAUUUCUACAAAGAUACAUGGAUAGAUAGAUUGCUCUUCAUGUCCUAUAGGAUGCAUGCUAUGAAUUAUAUUUCAAUUUUUAAGGUUUUUUUGUGUCAGGGUUUCAGGAUGCAAAGGUAAAAAAAAUAUCUGAGGGACCUUUGCGUGGAUCUUAUCAGGAAUCUCAACUGAGACUCUGUACAAGGAUCUUUGUGGGAAUCUUGACAAAAUUCCUGGUGCGGGACUUCGCCAAAGUCUUGGGGAAAAUAUUUUUGGCAACCUUGCCAUUAUUUGUAGCAGGGAUCUUGGCGAGAAUCUUGGCGGGGACUCUUUGUGUGGAUCUUGGCAAGAAUCUCGACUGGGAUUCCCUCAUAAUCAUAAUCAUUAGGCGUAAAGGGUAUAUUGUUGCUUUGGCUACCUUCUUAUAACAUUACAAGCCCCUGCAUUCUGGAAGUUAUUAUUAUUCCGCAGCAUCUCAUCCAGUUGAGUAUCCAUCAUUGUUAGUAAUACUUUUGCAGUCAACUAAUGCAGGGUUCAUAAAGCACUUAAUUAAAAUCAUGUUUAAACCCCCCUGGAGUUUGAGUCGAUAAAUUUGAAACACUUCUGACUUUCACUUUCAAUUUUGCAUAAAUUAUCAAAAAUUAUGUUAAGCGGGAAAUCUACCUAUGGUUCGCAGGAAACAAAACUUCUAUAAUGGCACAAGACAAAUGUUUUGAGAGUUGAAGAUGUGUUUAUGAACUAUUCACCAAGCGACGAAAGGAGAUCUUAAUGGCUUGGUAGCCCAUGCACAUGUAAUUGUAAUUUUGUCAAUCCAGGUUGGGUUUUUAUUCGCUCUAAAGUGCAUGUCUGGCACACUUCUCAAUACUUUCACAAUAUGUUGUGAUAGGUGAGUAGACUCAAGACUUACAGCCGUAGUAUCGCCAAGCCAUUCUUAUUUGUAUGCCGUAUGUUCUUUGUCUGAAAAUUCUAGCAAACAAACAUAUCAAAUAAAACUGAAUAGAAGAUGAAAUUGUCUUCCUUAACGCAGCCAGAUUAUAUUCUGCAGGACGGCGGCACAAUUCAAUGUGUCUUUCAGGUCAGCACUAAUUUAUACAUGAAGAAAUUGCAAUCUCCCUAUUUUUGCUUAAGCUUUCUUGGAUUAAACUUUCAUAAAAACAAAACAUCACAGACAUUCUCCUGCAUUCGCUGAGCAACCAUGAAUAACAUACUAUUGAAUUCAAGGAAAACCAAGGAUAUGUGGAUCUAGUGAGCCUGACCUUGUACAAAUGAAUGAUUGGUGUUUGGAGAGGGUAUCCAAGUUUAAGCUACUGGGGGUAUGGCAACAAGACAAUCUACAUGUAUGUUGGAAUUACCAUGUUGAACAGACAGUAAAGAAAGCUAGCAAGAGAUUUUAUUGCACUAAUGCCUUUGUGCUAAUGCUUUUAGUUUGCAACUCACCCAGGUAUAAACUUACAGCCACAGACACAAAAAAACAGCCGUCUUUCCUUUUGACCGAAAUAUUGUCGCUAGAAAUCGUAUGUGAUUCACAGAAUCUGUUAUACAUGUUUUCAUAGAAUCUGUAAUAUAAAUGCCAUGCUAUUAAGGGUUUCAUUUAUGGCAUUUGUGUCAUGGUCAAUACUCAGGUAUUGAUCAUACAUUUUGACCGCAUCUUCAUUAGGUGCAAUUAUUGAUUUACUGAAUUUUAAUUAUUUUUACCACCAUGGUUGUCCGUGAUUGGUGUAUUUUGAACCACGCCCAUUGUUUUUAAUCCAAAGCAUUGUUGGCAUUAUAAGAGGACGAAACUGUUCCCUCGGCGGUUCGUUGUGGUAGUCAAUGGCUGCUAUGUUGUAGGCAUCCAUGCUUCAGAAAUCUCAAUUCCACUGUCUUUAUUGAUGUGGUUAGGGUGACGUCUUAUGUGAAUAGCCUUUUUAACUUUACAAGAGUACCAGUGUUAUUAGUGUGUUCAGAAAGAAACUUAAAAAUCUGCUAAAGUUUGAGUUUGUGCAAGCGGUAUAUAUCCCUAUGGUGCAUCUUAAUCUGUUCAUGCAUGCACUUCCUAGUGUUUCACUAUUUCGUUAUUUUUGUAUCACGCCAUAUUAGUCCUCAUUCAUUUUUUUUUCAGUUGUUUUCAAAUGAGAUGUGUCACAAAAAGAAGGAUUUUAUGAAACAAUUUAAUUUACAGGUUUCAUGCUUUGAACCUAAGAGUAGAAAUGUUUUUCCAAUUUCCAUUCUUUCUUUUUUUUCCUACUACAUGUGGCAAGAACUUAGCAGUUAUUCUAUUUUAUUGCCAUAAAUAAAAAUAAAUGGUCAACAUUUUUAAAACUUUUAAAGAAAUCAGGGCACAAAAAUGGUGAUCUGUUUUUUAAUUAAACAUUCAUUUACAAGCAAACUCUUUUUAGCAUCCUGAUCUGAUUUUACAGGAUUUUUAGAGUACAUCUUACAAAUACUGAUAGGAUCCCCAUAGGAUCUUACAGGACUUUUAGAGUACAUCUUACAGGAUCCUGAUAGGAUCUUACAGAAUUUUUAGAGUAUAUCUUACAGGAUCCUGAAAGGAUCGUACAGGAUUUUUAGAGUAUAUCUUACAGGAUCCUGAUAGGAUCUUACAGAAUUUUUUAGAGUAUAUCUUACAGGAUCCUGAUAGGAUCUUACAGGAUUUUUAGAGUACAUCUUACAGGAUCCUGAUAGGAUCUUACAGGAUUUUUAGAGUAUAUCUUACAGGAUCCUGAUACGAUCUUACAGGAUUUUUAGAGUAUAUCUUACAAGAUCCUGAUAGGAUCUUACAGGAUUUUUAGAGUUCAUCUUACAGGAUCCUGAUAGGAUCUUACAGGAUUUUUAGAGUACAUCUUACAGGAUCCUGAUAGGAUCUAACAGGAUUUUUAGAGUAUAUCUUACAGGAUCCUGAUAGGAUCUUACAGAAUUUUUUAGAGUAUAUCUUAUAGGAUCCUGAUAGGAUCUUACAGGAUUUUUAGAGUAUAUCUUACAGGAUCCUGAUAGGAUCUAACAGGAUUUUUAGAGUAUAUCUUACAGGAUCCUGAUAGGAGUCUUGCAGGAUUUUUAGAGUACAUUUUGCAGGAUCCUGAUAGGAUCUUACAGGAUUUUAAAGUAUGUCUUACAGGAUCCUGAUAAGAUCUUACAGGAUUUUUAGAGUAUAUCUUACAGGAUCCUGAUAGGAUCUUACAGAAUUUUUUAGAGUAUAUCUUACAGGAUCCUGAUAGGAUCUUACAGGAUUUUUAGAGUAUAUCUCACAGGAUCCUGAUAGGAUCUUACAUGAUUUUUAGAGUAUAUCUUACAGUAUCCCAAUACCAUCUUACAGGAUUUUUCGAGUAUAUUUUACAGGAUCCUGAUAGGAGUCUUCCAGGAUUUUUAGAGUAUAUCUUACAGGAUCCUUAUAGGAGUCUUGCAGGAUUUUUAGAGUACAUUUUUUACAGGAUCCUAAUAGGAUCGUACAGGAUUUUUAGAGUAUGUCUUACAGGAUCCUGAUAAGAUCUUACAGGAUUUUUAGAGUACAUCUUUCAGGAUACUGAUGGGAUCUUGCAGAAUUUUUAGAGUAUAUCUUACAGGAUCCUGAUAGGAUCUUACAGGAUUUUUAGAUUAUAUCUUGCAGGAUCCUGAUAGGAUCUUGCAGCAUUUUUAGAGUAUAUCUUAGAGGAUCCUGAUAGGAUCUUAUAUGAUUUUUAGAGUACAUCUUAAAGGAUCCUGAUAGGAUCUUACAGGAUUUUUAGAGUAUAUCUUACAGGAUCCUGAUGGGAUCUUACAGGAUUUUUAGAGUACAUCUUACCGGAUCCUGAUAGGAUCUUACAGGAUUUUUAGAGUAUAUCUUACAGGAUCUCAAUAGGAUCUCACAGGAUUUUUAUAGUACGUCUUACAGGAUCAUGAUAGGAUCUUACAGGAUUUUUAGAGUACUUUUUACAGGAUUCUGAUGGGAUCUUACAGGAUUUUGAGAGUACUUCUUACAGGAUACUGAUGGGAUCUUGCAGAAUUUUUAGAGUAUAUCUUACAGGAUCCUUAUAGGAUCUUACAGGAUUCUGAUAGGAUCUUACAGGAUUUUGAGAGUACUUCUUACAGGAUACUGAUGGGAUCUUACAGGAUUUUGAGAGUACUUCUUACAGGAUACUGAUGGGAUCUUGCAGAAUUUUUAGAGUAUAUCUUACAGGAUCCUUAUAGGAUCUUACAGGAUUUUUAGAGUACAUUUUACAAAGUCCCAGAUGCAAUGCUAAAAUUCUGGUGAACUUGUAUUUAAAUUCCAAGCCUAGAACUCGGAGGGUUGUGAGUUCGAUUCUUACCUGGAGCUUGGAAAAUUUUUUGUGCUUUCUAAUGUUUGAAUUCUCCUUCUUCUUUCAUACAUUGUAGUGUAAUCUCAUCUCAAAGUAACAAGUGAAAUUUUGGAAAAUGUUUGCCUCAAUGCAUCUAAACACACUAUUUUUGUCUUUGUUUAGGGGAAUAACAGGGAUGAAACAAAGAAUUGUGGAGGAUGGCAAACUCCUGAGAGAAACUCUCCUAACUGGAUUACGUUCUUUUGUAAAUGGGUUAGUUGACUCUGUUUGUAUUGUUGUUUUAUUCUUUGAACAACUGUGAACAUGCGCACCCUAAGGCAUUUUAAUUACAUGGCUCAUAUUGAAACUCCAGUCUGCCUCUAAUGGAAAAAUUUCACUGUUAAAGUGCCCAUCACCUAAAAUUUUUUAUUUUCUUAUCUGAAACUACACUUUGUUAAAAUAACUUCUGCGAAAAAAUUUUGUGAUUUGAACCAAAGACGAUUUUUUUAGAAUUUUUUAAAACGUUCAAAUUUGCCGCCAUUUUGGCACACCAUUCGUCUUAGUCUUCUCUCUGAGUGUGACGUUUACGUGACGUACUUUAAGGAACAUGUGACCUUAUCGACAGGAAAACAUUAAGAGUUCUGAUAGGUUUUUCUUUUUCAGAAAAACUGUCUUCUUGCGAAGACAUUGUGAUUCAAUCCUUACCUUGUAAUUGAUAUUUUUUGUGUACAGCCGGUGAAGGCAAGGUAAUGCGAGUUCCUUAAUUUACGUCAUAUGUGAGCCUGGUAGUUUGCCUGAUCAGCGGCGCGGGUGUACCGCAAAAAUGUAGACUUAAAAAAUUGGUAAAAACAUCACGUUUUGUUCAAACCGGAAAAUUUUUUCGCAGAAGUUAUUUUAAUAAGGUAUAGUUUCAGAUAAGGAAAUAUAAAAUUUUAGGUGAUGGGCACUUUAAGGAAGUUGUAGCAAGUUCACCAGAUCAUAAUAAGAAGCUAAACUUCCUGAGGGGAAUCCUGCAGAGAUCUUGGCCAGAAUCUUGACAGGGAUCCACCCUUUGUGUGGAUCUUGGCAGGAAUCUUGACUGGGAUUCCUUACAAGGAUUCAUAGUGGAAAUUAUGAUAGAAAUCCCGGAGGGGAACCUCACCUCUCUGUGGGAAUCUUGCCAAAAAUUCCAGCAGGUAUCUUCGCUUUAUCUACCAGCCAUAUUUCUAAAUUUGUUUUUGACUAGGUAACUCAGAGUGUCAAUAAACCCAGAUAUAAAUUCCUGUUAGAAGAGUAAAACAUUCGAUGUCUCAAGAAAGAACACCUACAUGUAAAUUAGGAGGAAACUUUAUCAUGUAAACGUAUUUUCCUUUUUUAAGCGAAGAAAUAGCUUAGUUAAUUUGAAUGUGUUGGUGUUGUGAAACAAGAAAGUUCUAUGCUUAAUUUGCAAGCUAUUCCUAGUACCAUACAAACAUCUGUACAAAAUUAACUGAGCUAUUCAUUUCUCUGCUGGCUUCUUAACUAGUAAAAUUGUGUUCUAAUUUUUAGGCUUUUUUUCUGGAGGCAUUGAUCUGUCUUCUGCAUUGGUGGGAAUUUAAGUCAAGAAUGUUUAUUUUUAAUGGAGGUUUUCUCUGUGUUCAGUUUGAGGCACUCCAUUCAGCCCUAUCUUAAUGCAUUUCAAGAAAACUCCAGUCACUGUCUUUCUGAAAGUUUUCUGAAUAAUUUUGAUUGACGAGGGGAAGCUGAAAUUUCCAGUAUCCUUCUUAGAAAAAGUUAAUUGUAUCACCUUAACACAGCUUUUGUCUCCAUUUAAAGGAAUAUCAGGAUUGGAAUGGAAUGGAAAAAUUGGAGGAUGAUAAACACCAGAAGGAA